GAAGUAAGGCCAAGGGGAAUCAACAAAAGUCUAGAAGAGAGAGAGACAGGAAACGUGGAAUCAACAAAAUCGCGGGUCCCACAAAUAAUAGAUAAAUCUCAACUCUUUUUAAUUUCAACACCCUUCCAACUUUCAUUCAAUCACCAACUAUUUAUCGCCUGCGAUCUCUUGCCGCCGUCGCCACCGCCCUCACAACCACCAUUUUUCAACCGAAAACAACAUAGCUUUAUUCAUCCUCCUCUACUACCGCUUCACCCACCGAAUCUUCUCUCUCCUCUCUUCAUUUCUUUUCUCUCUCCCCUUUUUCUCCACCAUGCCCUCCUCUUCCCCUCCUCCGCCACCACCACCACCACCUCCUCUCUCCACCACAUCUUCCACCUCCUCCAUCUCCUCCCAACCUCAACUCCUAUCCCUCUCCUUUAACCAGGACUCCACCUGCUUCUCCGCUGCCACCGACUCCGGCUUCCUUAUCUUCAACACCCACCCCUUCCGUCCCAUUUUCAACCGCACCUUCUCCCACUCUCUCUCCCUCGUCCACAUGCUAUUCCGCUGCAAUAUCCUCGCCCUCGUCGGUGGUGGUCCCCACCCUCAGUUCCCCCCUCACAAGGUAAUGCUGUGGGACGACCACCGCUGCUGCUGCAUCGGUGAACUCUCCUUCCGCUCCGAUGUUAAAUCCGUUCGUCUCCGCCGUGAUCGCAUCGUCGUCAUUCUCCUUCACAAAAUCCUUGUCUACAAUUUCGCCGAUUUGAAACUGUUGCAUCAAAUUGAGACAGUCGCUAACCCUAAAGGUUUGUGCGAGGUCUCGUGUUUAGCUAAUUCGAUCGUCUUGGUUUGCCCCGGGUUGCAAAAGGGUCAAAUUCGGGUCGAGCAUUACGGGUCGAAAAGGACUAAAUUUAUUAUGGCUCAUGAUUCUAGAAUUGCUUCAAUGGCUUUGACUCAAGAUGGUAGGUUGGUUGCAACUGCUAGUAGUAAGGGUACUUUGGUUAGGGUUUUCAAUACUCUGGAUGGCUCAUUGUUGCAAGAGGUUAGAAGGGGAACUGACAGAGCAGAGAUACAGAGCUUAGCUUUCUCUUCUAAUGCGCGAUGGCUAGCAGCAUCAAGUGACAGGGGAACCAUUCAUGUUUUUAACUUGAAGCUUGAUCCAGGAUCUCCGGGGAACACUGGUUUGCAGAGUCCACCUGAACAACCAAGUUCUCCGCGUUCCCCUAUAUCGUCCAUCUCCUUUAUGAAAGGUGUGUUACCCAAAUAUUUUAGCUCAGAGUGGUCAAUGGCCCAGUUUCACUUGCAAGAAGGUACUGAGUACAUUGUCUCUUUUGGCCAACAAGAGAACACAGUUGUUGUUGUGGGAAUGAAUGGAAGCUUCUACCGAUGUGAAUUUGAUCCCGGAUCUGGAGGAGAGAUGAGGCAGCUGGAAUACCGUGACUUUCUGAAGCCGGAGCAGCCCACUGAAAGUUGACAUUACAUGUAUACUCUCGCUCAUCGAAUCACAUUUCAUGUUUCUCUUUCACACAAUCCCGUCCUCCUUAUCCUUUUUCUGGUUCGCACAAUCUUACCUGAAGAAGCCUGAAGCCUGAAGUGUGGUUCUUGGGUAACAAUGUAAAUACAUAUACGAGCUUGUUGUCACUUGUUAGCGACUAGUUCAUCGCUUUGUACAUAUUAAAAAGCGACACAACGUUAAUAAUUUAUCAUGUCAGGGGAAAAAAAGUAUCAUUUUAUGUUCCCUGGCCAGUUUUUGAUGAAACUAGCCUUUGAAUGAUUACAUAACCUUCCCAGUUCGGAUCCCCGCC